AUGGUCACAAGAUCAGCCUCAACACAAUCGCCCACAUUGUCGGCCUCAACAAUAUCAAACAAGGUGACCCCCGCACCAAAUCAAACCAAAACCAAAACACAGAAAACUAACCCUACAAAAAAAACAAAAUUAACUCCCGCGACUGAAAACUUCGUAGAAAACAUUGAUACACAUUUAUUACCAAUUAAAAGUUUUUUUGACAAUAAUAAGGAAUUGCCAAUUAAUUACCCACAAUUCAGAGAUAUAAUCGAAAAGGUACAAAUCAAUCCAGAUCCAGAUUUUAUAUUUGAACAGUACAACAUUUCAUUAAAAGCCAUGAUAGAUUUAAUUGAAAAAGUCAGACCUAAACUUCAAUCUAAUAGUAGUAAAAUACGUUUUACUCGUCUGCACAACGAACUAUUCAACAAAUAUCUAGACAAACAGCUGAAGCCAAACACACAAAACUAA